UUGAAUGAAUCAGUGCCGCUCUGGGUUCACUUGGCUGUGUCUGCUCGGUGACUGGAGAGGAGAAGGAGAGGAGAAAGAGCAGCGCAGUAGCGGGCAAACCACCAGCCCCGAAACGCAGAAAUAAAGGCGAGCUUAGCUUGUAAACGCAAGAAAACGUAUUUUGGUUUACGACAUGAUAGUUUGCAUAGAAGAGCAUACCGUUCCGAGGAUUUAGGCAAUAAGGCCGGGCUGUUUUGGAUACUAUUUGAAACGACUAGAAACUCAGAAGGAAAGAAAACAACACUGGAAAAGACGGGGAUUACACACAACAGUGACAAUAAAACAACACUCUCCGAUAAAUGGUCAGCCUGGAGUCAAGGGUGAAGUCCGAACAAACUAAGAGAAGAUAUUCGUUAAUUGAUAUUGUAAACAUUAUUCAUGUCUGUUUCGAAAUAUCGAUUCUGGGUGAACUUUAAACUCAGGAAACAAUGAAGACAUUGCAAGCAAGAACUCCUCAAGUGUCUCGAAGCUGCUAGCCGUCCCGCUAGCGUUAGCGUGGCUCUCUUGCAUCCUACGAAUGCGAGGUAAAGCUAACACCCGCUAGUGCAGCCAAAUAAGCUAAGUUAGCUUAUUGGCUAAUGUUAGCUGGCUAGUUAAACGCGUUUUUGUGAAACUUUGGUUGUUGUUUUCUCGGAGCACAAACACUGAAGGAGUAUUGUAAUAACAGAGGGGAAGGGCAAGUUCCCUUCUGGACUUUUCCCCUCUACGCGUUUUCGUAAUAUGAUGGCUGCGGAGGUCAGCAGUGAGGAUACGGGCUCGGUCACGACAGGGACAGGGGUGGCAGGCGGAGGAGGCCCAGACACGGCCCCUUUCCCCCACUAUCCCAGGUCGAGCAGAGUGCGAACCGCAGAUUUUGGACACACACCAGCGGUCCGCCAACAUUCAAACACUUCACCGGACUCACUUCCCGACAUGAGUAUGAGUAUGAUCUAUCCCAUGCCUAGUGGGGAUAUGACCGGACCAGUGCUGUCUGCAACAGGGAGUGGCGGAGCAGGAGGUGGACAUUCAGUUUUCCAAGGAACAAGCUCAGGGACAGUGGGCGGCAUGUGCUGCUCUCCUACUUCGGAGGAUCCAGUUAGUCGGAUUUCACCCACACCAACCGGCCCGGAUGGGCCCACUGGUUUCCCCCCACUGCCACCUCCUCCUCCUCCAAGCUGUGUGGGGAUCGGCGGCACUAUGGACGAAAGCGAUAUGCAGGAUGGACCGGAAUACGAGGAAGAAGAGGUGGUGUUCCCCCUCUCUGCACCUCCCACGAACCAGUGGUACCAUGGCAAGCUAGACCGAACCAUCGCCGAGGAGCGGCUGCGACAGGCCCGGACCCCUGGCAGCUACCUCAUCAGGGAGAGUGAUCGCCGGCCUGGUUCUUUUGUCCUGUCUUUUCUUAGCAUGACCAACGUAGUCAACCACUUCAGGAUAAUCGCCAUGUGUGGAGACUAUUACAUUGGUGGGCGACGCUUCUCUUCUCUAUCAGACCUGAUUGGUUACUACAGCUAUGUCUCUUGCCUGCUAAAAGGAGAGAAACUGCUAUCACCAGUGGCACCCCCUGAGCCUGUAGAGGACAGGAGGAGAGUCAGGGCCAUACUCCCAUACACCAAAGUGCCAGAUACUGAUGAGAUCAGCUUCCUAAAGGGGGACAUGUUUAUUGUUCACAAUGAACUGGAUGAUGGCUGGAUGUGGGUGACCAAUGUUCGCACAGAGGAGCAGGGCCUCAUUGUGGAGGAUCUGGUGGAGGAGGUGGGGCGGGAGGAGGAUCCACAUGAGGGAAAAGUCUGGUAUCAUGGAAAGAUCACCAAGCAAGAGGCCUACAACUUGCUGAUGACAGUUGGCCAGGUGUGCAGCUUUCUAGUCCGGCCAUCAGACAACACACCUGGGGACUACUCCCUCUUUUUUCGCACCAAUGAAAACAUCCAAAGGUUUAAGAUCUCCCCCACCUCCAACAAUCAAUACAUGAUGGGAGGGAGGUACUACAACAGUGUUGAUGACAUCAUCGACCAUUACAAGAAAGAACAGAUUGUUGAGGGCUACAACCUGAAAGAACCAGUUUCAGUACAGCACCAGGAACAAGUACUUACCGACACAGUGGAUGGAAAAGAAAUUUAUAACACUAUCAGACGGAAAAAAAAAGAGGCUUUCUACAAAAACAUUGUGAAGAAAGGCUACCUCCUGUUCAACAAAGGAAAAGGCAAACGGUGGAAGAACCUUUAUUUCAUUCUGGAGGGUAACGACGCCCAGCUCAUCUACUUUGAGAGUGAGAAGAGAGCCACCAAACCCAAAGGGCUAAUUGACCUAAGUGUGUGCUCUGUGUAUGGUGUGCAUGACAGUCUGUUUGGCAGGCCAAAUUGUUUCCAGAUUGUUGUCCAGCACUUUAGUGAGGAACAGUACAUAUUCUACUUUGCGGGAGAGGUUCCAGAGCAUGCACAGGAUUGGAUGAAAUGCCUUCAAACAUUCUGCAGUAACCUAAGGAAAACCACUCAGCCCACCUCUAACAAGAGGCUUAGACAGGUGAGCAGUCUGGUGCUGUAUGUGGAGGAGGCCCACAAGCUGCCGGUGAAGUAUUUCACCAGUCCCUACUGUAACAUCUACCUGAACAGUGUCCAGGUGGCUAAGACGCACCCUAGGGAGGGCCAGAACCCCGUCUUCACUGAAGAGUUCAUCUUUGAUGACUUGUCAAGUGAAAUCAACAGAUUUGAAAUCAGCCUCAGCAACAAAACAAAAAAGAGCAAAGAAAGUGACAUCUUGUUCAUGCGUUGCCAGCUGAACCGUCUGCAGAAAGGCCAGAUGAUUGAUGAGUGGUUCCCUCUCAGCUCCCAUGUGCCUCUGAAGGGCAUCGAGCCGGGCUCAUUACGCGUACGUGCCCGCUACUCCAUGGAGAAGAUCAUGCCCGAAGAGGAAUAUAGCGAGUUCAAAGAGAUGAUCUUACAGAAAGAGUUCCAUGUCAUCUACGCUCUGGCCCAUGUGUGUGGUCAGGACCGCACCUUACUGGCAAGCCUCCUUCUGCGGAUCUUCAGACAUGAGAAGGCUGAAGCCCCCCUACUCAGGACACUCAAUGACAGAGAGAUUAAUAUGGAAGAUGAGGCCACAACAUUGUUCAGAGCAACCACACUGGCCAGCACACUGAUGGAGCAGUACAUGAAAGCCACAGCCACACCAUUCGUCCACCACGCUCUCAAAGACACAAUCCUCAAGAUCAUGGAGAGCAAACAGUCAUGUGAGUUGAACCCUUCCAAACUGGAAAAGAAUGAGGAUGUGAACCUGAAUCUGGCCCAUCUUCUCAACAUUCUGUCUGAGCUUGUGGAGAAGAUCUUCAUGGCUGCUGAGAUCUUACCACCGACAUUAAGGUUCAUCUAUGGCUGUCUCCAAAAGUCUGUGCAGCAGAAAUGGCCCACUAACACCACCAUGCGGACGAGAGUUGUAAGUGGCUUUGUCUUUCUAAGACUGAUCUGCCCUGCCAUCCUCAACCCCAGGAUGUUCAACAUCAUUGCUGACCCUCCAUCUUCAACAGCAGGCAGGACCCUCACACUGGUGGCCAAGUCUGUCCAGAACCUGGCUAACCUGGUCGAAUUUGGUGCUAAAGAACCCUACAUGGAGGGUGUGAACCCUUUCAUCAAAAACAACAAACAAAGGAUGAUCAUGUUUCUGGAUGAGUUAGGGAAUGUCCCUGACCUGCCUGAAGCCACAGAGCACUUUAGGACAGACCUGUCCCGGGACCUGGCCGCACUGCAUGAGAUCUGUGCCACGCACUCAGAUGAGCUCCGCACACUGAGCAACGAGAGGGGAGCACAGCAGCAUGUGUUGAAAAAGCUGCUGGCCAUCACAGAGCUCCUCCAGCAGAAGCAGGCUCAGUAUGCCAUGUCCAACAGCAACAGGUAGUACCGCACUCCUCCUCUUCUCCCAUCUUCCCAUCCUUCCGUCAAGUCUCCUUCACCGGAGUGCAGCACAGAGGAGAUCUAGCAUGCUCUACCCUCAUCACCAUGGCAACUCCUCCACCACCACCCUCCAUCAUGUCCUCCUGUGAUAGUCCUGCCCAUCCCCAUCUUGUCCUGUUCACCACAGCAGAGCUAUGCAACAACAGCAGCUGAGUACAAAAACCAAUGCAGUACUUUAAAUAAAUAAAUAAAUAAAAAUUGCACCAGACAGCUGUAUGCACAGGAAAAAUCAUUUCCCCCCCAUAAACUGUGUUCAUGAUUCUGACUUGGGUAAAUUUCAGUCCCUUCAUCAUGAAGGCCAAAUAUUAAGAUAUUACAAAAAUUUAAAGUUUGUUUGUACCCACAGGUUGCCAAAGAGUGUUCUGUUUCCUUGCUCAUCAUGAGGAAACUGACAUGAAUGACCUAGUUCUCUCUGCCCCCUUUUCUGGUAACUGGAUUAUGAGCUGUAAUGCUUUUUUAUACUGUAAUUAGUGACCGAGUUAU